UGAUCUUUAUCCAUUUCAAAGGUCUUGCAUGAUCUUAUAGUUAAUAUAUCAGAUCUUCAUGCACUCUGUCCCUCAGCCGCUUUGUGGCGUGGAUGCGUGCUGGCAGUUUUAAAUCCUUUGAAUUGGGUCACGGGAAGCACAUCCAGCAGGACAGACGAGGUAAAGCGCAAUGAUUAGCCUCUAAGCCCAGUCCACAGAGGAGCGAUCUGUUUGACGGACUGAUCGACAAGAGCAAGAGAGAUGUUUCUUGCAAUGCUGGCAGGGACACAGUAAAACUGCAGAACUCUCAUGGUCUAAAAAGCGAGCGGCUCAAGUGAAGGCUCAAGAUGCCCGAGCAGAGCAACGACUACCGUGUGGUGGUGUUUGGAGCAGGGGGUGUGGGGAAGAGCUCACUGGUGCUCCGUUUUGUCAAAGGCACUUUCCGGGACACCUACAUCCCGACGGUGGAGGACACGUAUCGGCAGGUGAUCAGCUGUGACAAGAGCGUCUGCACCCUGCAGAUCACAGACACAACUGGCAGCCACCAGUUUCCUGCCAUGCAGCGUCUGUCCAUCUCCAAGGGUCAUGCCUUCAUCCUGGUCUACUCCAUCACCAGUAAGCAGUCCCUGGAAGAAUUAAAGCCCAUAUACCAGCAGAUUCUCGCCAUCAAAGGCAACAUAGAGAACAUCCCCAUCAUGCUCGUGGGGAACAAGAGCGAUGAGACUCAACGGGAAGUCAAGACCGAGGAUGGAGAGGCACAGUCCAAGACCUGGAAGUGUGCGUUCAUGGAGACCUCGGCUAAGACUAACCACAAUGUCACUGAGCUGUUCCAGGAGCUUCUCAACUUGGAGAAGAAGAGGAACAUGAGUUUGAACAUCGACGGCAAGCAUUCUGGAAAGCAAAGCAGGGCUGACAAGCUGAAGGGGAAAUGCAGCAUCAUGUAGAGGUGGAACCGGAACAUAGUGGAGAGAUAGAUUAAUAAAAUGUCAAAGGAAAGUAACUGAACAAGGAGAAGAAAAAAAUGAAUGGAGAUGGUGUUAUUUGACAUUUCAUGCUUAUUUUCACUCUGACUUCAUAGAUUUCAUCCUUCACCAUCAGUCUUCGGCCUUAACAAGCACUGGCCCAUUCGUAUUAUUGCCUUGUCUGUUUCUAUUACAGAGCAUCACCACCAUCUCUCACAUCUGAGGAAUAUUCAGACAGCAAUCGGUUGCUAAACAAGUGAGUUCAUAAUGCAAAUAUUUUAAUUGAAUGUUUGCAGCUGCAUUGCUAAAGCAGAUAAAGGCUUUAUAUGGGUGAUGAGAUGUUAUCCAAACAUAAGACUUUCCAUAUAACUUUUGUUUUGAGUAUUUUUCUUCAAAAGUUCUCGUCAGAUUGAGGAAAUAAUGUCAUUAUAUAACAAUAACAGUCAUGCCUCGCUUUAAUCCUUUGUUUCGGGUUGUGUAGAAUCCACUUUUAUUAGUUAUCCUCAUAACAUUUUGAUGAUUGUGUCCUUAUAUCUUAAAUAAUGCCAAUCAAUAUUUAAGACAAUCAUUUUAAAAUGUUAAACACCAGAGAAAUGUUCAAUGCUUUAUAAAAUUAUUACCUUCAGUGACAUCAAGGCAGUUGUAAACUCUGAAACCAUAUGUAGACACUUCAUUGUUCAUGCAGAUGCACUCAUGCUUAUCUAAAGCAGCAAGCACUCUUCAUCAUCAUCAUCAUCAUCAUCAUCGGCAUUCAGCUGCUCAAAAUUGAGACACUUAUGGGUUCCCUAUUAAUUUGAAGUGAGCCAGAAUCUCCAUCUUCUUUUUCUAUAUUUCUCAAGAUGAACUGCUCAUAUUUUCAAGUAUAAUUGAGACAAUAACAAAUGUAGCUCUCUUAAAGUCCAUCAUGAAAUGAAUACAUUUUCAGAAGGUGCGUUUUGGCAGCAAAACUAAAUUGAGGCUUUACUAACACAAGCAAGUCUUCUCACCCUAUUUAUCAGAGACUAAUGUGAAAAUUGUAUAAUAUGAAGAGUUUGUGAGAGUUGAAAAGUUUUAUGGUAAAGAAACAUUUAUUGCAGAAUGAACCAUUUUAUUUGCAUUACAGUCCGAAAAAAUAAGUUUUCGUGUCCUUCAUUGCAAAUCAGCCUUUGACAAAGAAACCUCUGGUUUCAAAAAGGGCCUUGAUUGUGUAUAGCAUUUUAUUUUUAUUUAACCAGCCGACUGCCUUGUACAAGUGAUGCACGAAAGAGCCCCUUUAAUAUGUUUUCAGGUCAUGCAUUACAGCUCUAAGUAUAAAGGCAGACAACAUUAUUUUAUCCAUGUUAUGUAAAAAGCAAGUUUUUGAACAGGGUUCACCAGAAGUGAGUAGAGGUUUUUAAGGUUUAUUUUGUUUGAACUGUACUGUAAAUUAAGUUUUUUGGAUGACACAUAUUAUUAUAAUAACAGACCUGUAUGAAAAAGUAACCUACUAAAAAUAAGUAUAUACAAUAUAUGAAACAUUAUAUGCACCUAACUAAAUUCAAAUGUUAAUUAUCUAACCUGAUUUCAUCAAGUGCAAUAUGUUCCUGGAUAAACAAUUUGUUGAUCCAGUAACAACAUUCCAAUCAACCAAUCAGAUUUGAGCCACAGUUUAUGCUUACAACCAGGUUUAGUUGCUUCUACAUCAGUAUUAUUUACCUAGGCUAUCAUUUUCCUCUUAACUUAUGAUAACUUAUGGGUAGGGUUAGGAUUAGAUUAGAUUUUUAGAUAAUAAUGUUGUUCCAGGAUCAACAAAAUAUGUUGUCCCAGGAACGCACAGCAAAAUCUGUUCACGUUGAUUUUGCCGAGUUAGACGCAUUCCUGGGUCAACAUACGUGACCCAUGCUGGCAAAAUGAGUAUGCGCACGUACAGGCUAAUUACGAGCUACAGACAAAACAAGUGAAAAUGUCAUUUUGAGGUUUUCACAAAAAUGAGUUCAUUAGGCUCUCGUCUAGCGAUCCCAAUGCUCCGAAUAGCAAUUAAACAUUAAACAUCUAAAAGUAUCUUUAUUUGUCUGAGAGGAGAUACCUUUCCUUUGUCCAUGAAAAGCCAUUUUUUUCCAGUAGUCCCUCACUGCAGAACACACAAGAUCCAGGGGGCGGAGACGGGUAGGUUAUGGGAUAUGUAAUGUGGGAGGAGUUGGAUCUAGAUCCAGGGGGCGUGGAGACGGGUAGA